UCAUCCGAUCGUAGAAAACAGGAGGAGAAGUAAGAAAAGAGGCGAGAAAGGAAGCUUUUAAAAGUUUGACUGAGGAGAAGAAGAAGCUCCUGGAGGUAGCACUGGAGGAGACCAGGUGGAGGAGGAAGAGAAAAGGAAACAAAACAAGAGCAAAGGAGGAAGAGGAGAACAGCAAUGUGACUGUGAAGGAGGCGAUUCAAAGGAGGAGAGAGAAAUCAGGCAACAGAGGGAGGAGAAAGGAGGAGAAGUGACUGCAGAUGUCAACUUGCAUGUGAGGAGGAGAAAAGGAAGGAGAGCUAAUGUGACUUUGGGGUAAAAACAGGAGACCUGGAGGAAGAGGAGCAGCACAUGUUUGCAGAGAGAGUUGAUUAACACGUGAAGUGUGUGUGAGAAGCAGAUCUGGUCCUGAUGAUGGGCUGCUGUCUGUUCAUUUACUAUCGGAAGAAGAGGAAGCAGGCAAGCAGAGAUGCAGACUCCCUCAGCCUCUGCAGUCUGGACAUCAACGAGCCCAGCACCAAGCGCAGUAAACCAGUAUCCAGGGUGACGUCUCUGGCCAGCCUGCUGCCGCCUGUCAAGACCGCCCCGCUGAAGAGGAUUGGUCAGACGCUGCAGCGCACCAUCAGUUUUCGUAAUGAGAGUCAGACGGAGAGAGCUGCUCCUCCUCCUCCUCCCUCUGCCUCCUCGACGAUGAAGACGCGAGUUAUCUCAGCCACUGUCUCCAACCCCCCAUCCUCCUCUUCCUCCUCCUCCUCCACCAUGACCGGGACGAGGGGAUCCACAGCAACAGCCACGGCCGCCAAGCGCCGGGACUCCAAACUGUGGAGCGAGACGUUCGACGUGCGACUGGGGGCAACGCAACCUCUGAGCCCGAAAGAGAUAAAACGACAAGAGGCUAUAUUUGAGUUGGCUCAGGGUGAGCAGGACUUGGUGGAGGAUCUGAAGUUGGCUAAGAAGGCCUACCGCGACCCGAUGCUGAAACUAUCAAUCAUGACUGAGCAGGAACUGAACCAGAUUUUUGGUACUCUGGACUCACUGAUACCGCUGCAUGAAGACCUGCUGAGUCGCCUCAGAGACGUCAGAAAACCUGACGGGUCCACAGAACACGUGGGACACAUCCUGACUGACUGGCUGCCCUGUCUCUCCUCCUACACUCCAUACUGCAGUAACCAGGUGAAGGCCAAGGCCUUGUUGGACCAGAAGAAGCAGGAUCGGCGUGUCCAGGACUUCUUGCAGCGCUGUCUCCAGUCGCCCUUCAGCAGGAAGUUGGACCUGUGGAACUUCCUGGACAUUCCCCGCAGUCGACUGGUGAAAUACCCACUGCUGCUCAGGGAGAUCCUGAAGCACACACCCAAUGACCAUCCGGACCGGCAGCACCUGGACGAGGCGAUGCUGAUGGUUCAGAACGUGGUGGCGGACAUCAACAGGCGGACGGGGGAGUCAGAGUGUCAGUAUUACAAGGACCGUCUUUUGUACGCUGAGGACGGACAGAGGGACGAACUCAUUGACCGGUCCAGGACCCUCAGCUGCCAUGGAGGACUGAAGAACAACAGAGGACUCAAGCUUCACGUCUUUCUGUUCCAAGACGUCCUGGUCAUCACCAGGUCCGUCUCGCUGAACGACCAGCAGGUGAGCUACCAGCUGUGCCGCCAGCCAAUUCCCAUCCGGCAGCUGGACCUGGAGGACCUAUCGGAUGGAGAGAUGAGAGUGGGCGGGUCCAUCAGAGGGGCCUUCAGCAACAACGAGCGGACAAAGAACUUCUUCCGGGUUUCGUACCGCACUGGAGGUCAGCUGCAGAGCCACUACUUCCAGGCCAGCGACGCCUUCAACAAACAGCAAUGGAUCAACUGCAUCAGACAAGCUAAGGAAGCCGCAGCACUGACUGGAGACCAGCAACCACAGACAAGACAGUGUCUGGAGACAGGGAUAGGUGGACAGAUAGUGCCUCUUGGUGGGACAGCACUGAGUUUGCGAGGUGAUUCAGGUAUUGAAGUUGAUAAAGAGAUGUGGGGGGAGAUGGAGGCAGGUCUGGGUUUGGAAGGAAAGGAAGGUCUGAGUGGAGGUAAAGAUCUAAGUUUAGGUAGGGAGGCUGGUGUGGGUUUGACUCAAGAGACAAUGACUGGUAAGGAGAUGGAGGCAGGUUCGGCUGUAGCUGCUGGGACAAGAUUUGAAUUAGAUGGUGAAACAGGGAUGGACAGUGAGACAAGGCUGUCAGUUAAUGAGACAGAGAUGAGUGAGAUGGAGACGGUGCAGGGUCUCAGUGAUGAGACAGGGCAGGGCCCCUGUGACGAGACUGGGGCAGAGCCAGGACCAGAGCUGGGAGCCAGAGCAGACUGGAAGACGGAUGGAGGAGGAGGAGGAGGAGGAGGAGGAGAAGGAGAGACUCUCAGCAGAGGUGGUAAUGAUGUUCCCACCUUUAUCCUCUCCCCUGCUUCACCCAAAGAGGAGGAAGAGGUCUGCAUGGACACCAGCGAGUUUGACUCUCCGGAGGGUGAGGAGCUGACUCUCAGGUGCUGAUACUAGGACCAAACAAAAAGAGGACACUGAAGGACUGACACUGCAGCCAAUCAAAUCAGGGAUUUGAUGAUGAUGUCAGUGACAAACCUGUUGAGACACAUUCACUAACGUGUUCUACAACACUAACUGCUGUAUCCUGACUGCCGGUAACCAUAGUAACCACUGUGUUCCAGAGUCCCCAGCAUCUGUCACCCCCACACUCUGGAACCCUGGCCCCAUAUAGCCAUACUAGCUGCACGGAUGCUAUUAACAGACCUGGUGCUCCACUCAUUUCAGUGAAAGUUGUUCAUCUGGCACAUGCUGCAAAAAAAAAGUUUUUCAGGCUUCCUAAGGCCUUCGUUUGCAACUUCCCUCUGAAUCCCCACAGACAUGAACUGCACAUCAAAACACUGACACGAUUCCUCAACACUUUAAUGUUCAUUGGACUGAAUGGUUCCACUUCUUAUAACACAAAAAAAACAAAGGCUGAAGCUGGAGUGUUUGUGAUGCUCAGAACAUGUAUUUAUGGUUUUACUGCCUUUUGAAAUGAUGUAUAUGCACGGGGAAGUAUUUUUUUGGGUGUCACAUGACCUGCAGGUCCAACGGUGGCCACAAAGCCGAAAAUUGCCUCAGCCCACAGCUGUUCUUUGGGGCUUGACAUUUACUUAUGUUACUAUGACUACUGCUGUCUCCACAUCAGUGGCACCAUGUUACCAUGGUAAUCACACUUCACCAGAGUCAAAGUUAUUCCUGGCUUGUUUUAUCCCAGUUUACUUUAUCCUGAAUUUAUUUCUUCAUAACUAACAUUCGCUCACUUACUUAUAUUUUGCACUUGACCUGCCUGUGGACAAACUCCAUUGUGCUGUCUAUUGUCUUCACCUUUGUAUAAGGCAAAACCUUUUAAUUAAUUCCACAACUGUCAGCUGUUUGGACUAUUAAAGUUUCCCAGUGGAGUUUGUGACCAGUUACUGGCACUAAGAACAGGUUGUUUCUAUCUUGUGCUCUAUACUAGCAUGCACACAAGAAUGUAAAUGCAUAUGAACAGGCACACCUCUUGUGCAAUACACAUUACUGCUGAUGGUUUUAAUCUGUUCACACUGAGAGCUGGUGACAGAAACAAGGCCCAGGAAAGGUAACAACAUGCCAGUAAAAAGUGCAAGAAUACUGCUAAGUCAUGUUAAUAUGGACAUAAAUAUUAGACGUUUCAAAAAGUUUUAAAAAUCUUCUUUUCAAAUAUUUUUAGAAGAAGGAAAUGCAUUCAACAUAUUUGUUAGACUUCAAGAAGACAGUGUAUUUUGGUGGAAAACAAGAGAACAUAACUUAUUUGUUUACAGGAAGACUCCGCUGAACACUUAAAAAACACUGCCAAAGAAGUUAAAAGUCAAGUCAAGUCAUUGGUUGGCAAUAAAGUAAUGAAAUUUAAAAGCUUCUGGCAUCUCAAACAAUAUCAGUGAAUUAUAAUCAAUCAUGUUUACAUCUACAAGUACCACUCAACGUCUCUGUUUAGACAUUUGACAAAUGGAGAGAGGCAGGUUUCCCAGCUUGUUCUGUUUCUAAAACUGUGUUUAUCGUGUCUUAGAAUCUCUUGCAAUGUCUGGAAACACUGGAGAACAACAGAGCUGUACACCCAGUUCUCAUUAUUAUUCUAUCCAUCUGUCUAAAUUCACAACCAUUUGUAAAUGUAUAAAUUUUAAUGUUAAUUCACCAAAAAUUUUCCAAAGUACCAAACAGCCUCCGAUGAAUAACGUUCCUGUGUAACCGCUCUGCCUCAGAAAGUACAUUUUUAGUGAAAAGUAAUGCAUGUGAUGCAGUGAUUACAUUAUAUGCAGUGGCAAUGCACAGUGAAUUUCAAAGUAGGCAGGAGUGAGGUAAGAUGGAGGUUGAGGUGUACAGGCUUUUCCCCUCUACACAACAUCAAGUGUUAUCCGUUAUUUGUAAAUGACAGUGACUAUUUUAUCUAACCAUGACCAUGAUGUUUCUGUCAGAGCUUUACUUGCCUAUUGCCUCAAACUUGCAUUGAAAUAUUUUUGAUAUUAGUGUUGAAUAAAAUGACUGUGUAAUGUGA